AUGGGUGACUACUCGAAAGCACUUGAAUUUUACGAAAAAGAUCUCGAAAUCACGAAAAAAGCUCUGCCUCCGAAUCAUCCCGAUUUGGCUCAAUCCUACAACAACUUCGGUCUCGUGUAUGACAACAUGGGUAACUACUCGAAAGCACUUGAAUUUUGCGAAAAAUCAUAUCAAAUCAGAGAAAAAGCUCUGCCUUCGAAUCAUCCGGAUUUGGCUCAAUCCUACAACAGCGUCGGUCUCGUGUAUGACAACAUGGGUGACUACUCGAAAGCACUUGAAUUUUACGAAAAAGCACAUAAAAUCCACGAAAAAGCUCUGCCUCCAAAUCAUCCCAAUUUGGCUGCUUUUUAUAAAAACAUCGGUCAAGUGUAUAACAAUAUGGGUGACUACUCGAAAGCACUUGAAUUUCACGAAAAAGCACAUAAAAUAUACGAAAAAGCUCUGCCUUCGAAUCAUUCCUCAUUGGCUACUUCUUGCAACAGCGUCGGUUCGGUGUAUCACAACAUGGGUGACUACUCGAAAGCACUUGAAUUUUACGAAAAAGCA